CGGUUACAGAAGGUUACACGGCGGCUACAGAGCACAGGCUCCAGAGGCCCUGAUCUCUCCACUGAUCUCCGCCUGAUCGGCAUGGGCCCGUUUCAUCCACGAUCCGCCCCUGGGACGUACGGCAGAGCCGAUUAGUUACGAUCCUAUGCCAAUCCAGCCUCAAAGGACUUAAUUUAUGGAACUUCAUCAGAACUAUCAAUGGAGACGGUGGUCACUUCACCAAGCAACACUUCUUAAAAUAGCUGAAGUGGAUGAAAACAAAUCCCACACCGUUGUUGACUUUGUUUCAAAUGUAAAGAAUAUUUCCAAGGAUCAAUGUCACAAAGACAAUUAUGGAAUCAUUAAUGACGUCCUCCCAAAAGAUUCUAUCAUUGAACUAAGUUUCUCGGCGAAUCCUCAAGGGAAAUACAAUGAAUCCACUAAGGGAGAUUCUCCUAUCAUCUCAGAACAAGAUAUUCCGACUCUUGCCCUUAACAUCCUUGACUGUAUUCAAGAAGGCCACAAUAUUCCUAGAGUUAUUUCCAUUUUAUCAAAUUUGUCAGUGGACAUUUUAAGUGAAACUAUACUCACUACGUGGAAUAAAUUGCCAAAAGAUGAGAGUCCAGAGAAAAAGCGAUCUUUUUUCAUUGCUAUGUCAUCGACAAAACCAUCGAGAAGAGCGUUAUGCAUUGAUGUCAUCUUGCCGUUGAUAAAAGGUCAGGAAACGUUUUAUGCAAAUCUCGAGUUACUAGAGCCAGUUGUACACUGGCUGGAUAUCGAGAUUGCCGACACACUGAUAUUACCCUUAUUGGAUGAUGAAAACUCAAUUUUCAUAAAGGAUGAUUUGGCAUUCCGUCAUUUUUUUUCAAGUUUAUCCCAGGCACAAAGAUCGCAUACUCUGAGCAUUUACCUUUCUGAACACCCAGAAGGCGUACAAAAGUGGCAGUUUAUUGCUUUAAGCAUAUUGGUUGAAAGUACGCACAUGGAUGAAAAACUCAUGUCAAGCUUGGUGCCGAUUCUGGAUAAUCUGCUUGUACAUCACAAUAAUGACAGAUACAUUGGUAAAAUAAUUUUAAAAUUGGCUGAAGAACUAACUCCAAAGAGUUCCAAAAACCUGGUAACAGGGCUGAUCUCCCUUUGUGAGAGUUUUAAAGGCGUAUUGAGGUUUAGAAUAAGAAACACGUUGAACAUUUUAAACCAGGAAUAAUAUUUAUGUGUUGUAUUUAAUAAAAAUUCUAUUUUUUCAAA